AUGGCAGAACAGAGCAGGUUGAUUUUAAAGAUUAGCAAUGCGCUCUUUAAGGGGUCGCUUAUCAAGAAUGCCCCGCCUGUGUUCAAAACUCCGAUCAAAAACUUCGAAUUAAGGACAGACCAAAAAUGGGUUAUAUGGGGACCCGGGAAGUCCAAGUUUAUCGAUGCACUUGGCGGGAAAUUCCUAUGCGAUCCACCGUUGGCGUACCAAUUCAAUAAAAACACAACACCAAUCAUCGAACAAAUAAAAUUCAGAGGCGUAAUGCCCACGGCACAUCUUAGUGCUAGAUACGAGUUUUUUAAAGAUGAGUUUGACCAAACGUGUAAGAUGUUUAUAUUGGAUAACUCCAUAGGGUCCAAUGAGGUAGCAUACACAAUAUCCACUACAAAUCGUGUCGUGGAUAUGAAAUUGUAUGAACUGCUAGUCAAAGAGCUGCAGUUGAGCGAACUGCAGGAUAGAUGGGCCAUGGGGUUAAGUAAUGGACAAAUGAGGAGGGCCAGGCUGACCCGUUCAUUGUUGAAAAAACCAGAUUUGCUGUUGAUGGACGAUCCAUUUUUAGGGCUUGACCCUGGUGCUUCGGCCAUUAUUUCUAAACUUCUGGCUGGAUUGCAAGAAAAGUUUGGAAUCCCUGUUGCUGUAGGUCUUCGAUACCAGGACGAGAUCCCUCAGUGGUGCACACAUAUCUGUGCGGUUGAUAACCAACAAGGUAUUAUGUUUCAAGGUUCUGUUUCAGAAUGUAGGGAGAGGAUUAAAGAAUACAGGGAUUGCGAAGUAUCUGAAAUCGAAAACAGAACCUUGGCACAACGGCAGCAAAAUCAAUUCUCAAUCGAAGAUUUAAUUGCUCCUCACCCAUUGUACGGGAAAAAUCACCACGAGAUAUUUAAGAUGCCAAGUUCCAUUGAAUUCAAGGGUAUUGGCGUUACAUAUAAGGGCGAACCUGUGCUCAAGAAUUUAUUUUGGGACGUCAAAGUGGGUUCCAAAUGGCACAUCAGGGGGGAUAAUGGUACAGGAAAGUCCACGUUGCUUUCUAUGAUUGUUGCAGAACACCCACAAUCGUGGAAUUCAAAGGUCGUCGAGAAUGGACAAGAGAGAAGAUCGGGUAAGUCCAACUAUUUCGAUAUCAACAAACGAAUUGGCAUGUCAUCCCCUGAAUUACACGCAAUAUUUGCCACAAAAUCAGCCAGGGAACUAACUGUGCGGGAAUGCAUUGCAUCAGGAUGUCAUGAAGGUUCCUCGAACAAUUUUAAACCCAUGUGGACGUCUUUGGAUUCUGACCAAAAGAAAAUCAUCGACAUGUACAUCCACUAUUUUGGCUUGAAAGAUAUUGCCGAUACAAGAACGUUUGAAAGUUUAACUGUAAGUGAUCAAAAAUUGAUACUAUUCGUAAGAAGCCUGGUGAAGAUGCCCGAGGUUUUGAUUUUAGAUGAGGCUUUUUCGGGAAUGGAAGUCGAACCUAUGCUGCGUUGUCAUAAUUUCCUGGAGUACUGGCCCGGCACGGUACUGGUGGUUGCUCAUGUGGCAGAAGAAACGCCCAAAUGUAAUCAUUUCAUUAAAUUACUGGGCCCAGGAAAAUAUGAAGUCGGUAAUGUGAAUAAUUAA